GCGGACUGUACGAAGAGCACAGUCUGCCGUGGUUUCUGUUUCUCGUUACUUCUGUCUCUUCUCUGGCUUUCCUCUGUGUGUCCUCUGAAAUUACCUGCCCGCUACACACCGAGCCCUCCGCUUCACACUGGUCUUGUCACAUAUUUUCUCUAUACACAAGCAGGCUGCUUCGUUAUUUGCUGCCCCAGCCUUCAAACUUUACCACAAGCGGUUGCAGAAGGAACUGAUGGCUUUACAAAAUGAGCCACCUCCAGGCAUGACCUUAAAUGAAAAGAGUGUACAGAAUUCAAUCACUCAGUGGAUUGUAGAUAUGGAAGGAGCACCUGGUACAUUAUAUGAAGGAGAGAAGUUCCAGCUUUUAUUUAAGUUCAGUGGUCGAUAUCCUUUUGAUUCCCCUCAGGUUAUGUUUACUGGCGACAACAUCCCUGUUCAUCCUCAUGUCUAUAGCAAUGGCCAUAUAUGUUUAUCAAUAUUAACCGAAGAUUGGUCCCCAGCCCUGUCUGUUCAGUCUGUCUGUCUUAGCAUUAUCAGCAUGCUCUCCAGCUGCAAAGAAAAGAGGAGGCCUCCAGACAAUUCCUUUUAUGUAAGAACUUGCAACAAAAAUCCAAAGAAAACCAAAUGGUGGUAUCAUGAUGACACAUGCUGAUGCCACUGUUGCAGUUCCUUAGAAGAAGAAAGUCCUACUGAGUAAAUGAGCACUUUGAUCGUCCAAGUCUUUGAACUUUAAUAUUUGACUAGGGGUGAUUCAAACACAAUGAAGACUACUUCCUUUUUACUGCAUUUUUACUAGUGUGCAUUGCGAGUGCAUGUUGAUAGCUGCUUGAGCCCCCAUGCAGCAGACAUGCUUUGUAGUCAUACUGGAUUAAUGCAGGUCGUCGGGAUGAAAAUUCCAUUAAAUUUUUUUUUCUCUUAUGCUUUUCAAGAUUUCCCGGGUCCUCAUGUAUUGUGCAAUAACAAUGAUAAAUGCAUGAUAGGGCCUAACGGAUAUGUUUACCAAAAGCCUGGGAAAAGGAGAAACACUUCCUUCAUUGCAUUGCCACCCACGAUAUCGGGAUACUAUGCACUGUGAUUGUUGCAGCAUGGCUGCUUGACUGACGACCGUUAAACAGGAUACUUUGGAUAUUUAUUAUCAUGUUUCCUUUAUGUCUGUUUGACAAAUGUUUUCCAAGAAUUGUAAAGACCAGGUACUAGAUCUCAUGCCUAUGUGAGAAAAUAAUGUUGUAUAUAGCUACUGAUAGAGCUAGCGUAUAGAGUAUGAGAAGUGGUGGGGGUUAAGGGACUAUCACGAAAAUGAAAAUGUAAUAUAAGCUUCAGCAUACUGAAAUAAAUACAAUCAAUUAAAAAUUCUGUACUGUUUCUGAAAUAAUCCAGUUUAUCUUCAUUAUCCCUCUCUCAUCAUCUGUUUCUCUUCAUUCUCUCUUCAUGCAGCAGUUUAGUGUCAGAUAGUUAUUGACAGUUAGAUCCAAUCUAUCUUAUAGGGGGGCUCCCUUUACUAGCAGAUGUAUUAGAGCUCCAGUACAAACAAAAUCUAACAAAAUAACUGCCUUUUGCACAAAUUCUGCAUGUAGAGAGAAAGGAUUUUAAAGAGUUACUGACACCAGAAGAUAAACCUUU